ACCUACGCGCUGGUGAUGGAGAUGCAGCUGGUGAUGGGCUUCUUCGCCACCGCCUUCUGCACCGUCGGCAUGAUCGUCAACAACGACUUCCAGGCGAUCUCAAGGGAAGCGCAGACAUUCGAGCUAGGGGAGGCCCGGUACUACACGGUGCUGGUGUGGAGCGCCAUCCUGUGGCAGUUCUUCUUCCUGGGCGCCGUGGGCGUCAUCUUCUGCGUCCACACCCUGUUCGCCGGGAUCCUCAUCGCCGUCUUCAUCCCGGUCACAGAGGUGCUGGCCGUCAUCUUCCUGCACGAGAAGUUCACCAGCGAGAAGGGCGUGGCGCUCGCGCUCUCGCUCUGGGGCCUCGCCUCCUACUCCUACGGCGAGUACAGCGAGGCCAAGGCGGCCAAGAAGAAAGCGGCCUUGGAUGCCCAAGCCUCUGACUAAUAGUACACUUCGAUUCCAAGAAUUGUGAUUUGGAUUGUUGUGCUUGUCUGCUCGUAAGGCAUACAUAACCUGCCACCAGUGGUAAAUGGCACGGUUAUUGUCAUGACCCAAAAUUUCAGAACCUGGUAAAAAAAUACUGAUUUUCGUUCUAUUAGCUUAUGCAAUGUUAUUUACAAAGUUAUUCCAAA